CGCGGAGGACCCAGGGAGGGUCGUGGGUGGCGGGUCGGGGUUGGGCGCGGAGCAGGCGCACACGGAGAGUUGCGCGGGGGUUGGCCGGCCCGCGGCUUCCUACUCCUCCAGCCGGUCGCUGGGGGGACUCACUGCACGGCUGUCCUCGCUUCCCUCCCGUGGCGCUCGGGAGGUGAGGGGCGGUCGGCCGCAGCCGGAGGCCCGGGAGUGCGCCGCGCCCGCGCCUGCCGCCAUGAGGCCCCGGAACGCCUGCCUGCUCGUCCUGCUCUUGGCGCUGGCGCAGCUGCUGGCCGCGGCGAGCGCGCGGGGAACGGACGAAGAUUCUUCAAAUAGAGAAGACUCCAUUGAGGAGGACGAGGAGGAGGAGGAAGAUGAGGAAGAGGAGGACGACUUGGAAGUUAAGGAAGAAAACGGUGUCUUAGUACUAAAUGAUGCAAACUUUGAUAACUUCGUGGCCGACAAAGAUACUGUGCUGCUGGAGUUCUACGCUCCGUGGUGUGGACAUUGCAAGCAGUUUGCUCCAGAAUAUGAAAAAAUUGCCAGUGUCUUAAAGGAUAAUGACCCUCCCAUUGCUGUUGCUAAGAUCGAUGCUACUUCAGCGUCCAUGCUGGCCAGCAGGUUUGAUGUGAGUGGCUAUCCCACCAUCAAGAUCCUUAAGAAGGGGCAGGCUGUCGACUACGAGGGCUCCAGGACCCAGGAAGAAAUUGUUGCUAAGGUCAAAGAAGUCUCCCAGCCCGACUGGACGCCUCCACCGGAAGUCACGCUCGUGUUGACCAAAGAUAAUUUCGAUGAAAUUGUGAAUGAUGCAGAUAUCGUUCUGGUGGAGUUUUAUGCCCCAUGGUGUGGACACUGCAAGAAACUCGCCCCCGAGUACGAGAAGGCUGCGAAGGAGCUCAGCAAGCGCUCGCCGCCGAUUCCCCUGGCAAAAGUCGAUGCCACUGCAGAGACAGACCUAGCCAAGAGGUUCGAUGUCUCCAGCUAUCCCACCCUGAAAAUUUUCCGCAAGGGAAAGCCUUUUGACUACAACGGCCCACGAGAAAAGUAUGGGAUCGUUAACUACAUGGUCGAGCAGUCUGGGCCUCCCUCCAAGGAGGUUCGGACCCUGAAGCAGGUCCAGGAGUUUCUGAAGGAUGGAGAUGAUGUCAUCGUCAUUGGGGUCUUUAAUGGGGAGAGUGACGUAGCCUACCAGCAGUAUCAGGAUGCCGCUAACAGCCUGAGAGAGGAUUACAAAUUCCACCACACUUUCAGCACUGAAAUAGCCAAGUUCCUGAAAGUCUCCCCAGGGAAGCUGGUUGUAAUGCAGCCUGAGAAAUUCCAGUCCAAGUAUGAGCCCAGGAGCAACGUGAUGGACAUGGAGGGUUUGGCGGAGGGGUCGGCCAUCCAGGACUACGUGGUGAAGCACGCCUUGCCCCUGGUGGGCCACCGCAAGACCUUCAACGAGGCCAAGCGCUACAGCAGGCGCCCCCUGGUGGUUGUCUACUACAGCGUGGACUUCAGCUUCGACUACAGAGCAGCUACUCAGUUUUGGCGGAACAAAGUCCUGGAGGUGGCCAAGGACUUCCCCGAGUACACCUUUGCCAUUGCUGAUGAGGAGGACUAUGCCACGGAGGUGAAGGACCUGGGCCUCAGCGAGAGCGGGGAGGACGUCAAUGCAGCCAUCCUGGACGAGAGCGGGAGGAAGUUCGCCAUGGAGCCGGAGGAGUUUGAUUCCGACACCCUCCGGGAGUUUGUCACAGCUUUCAAAAAAGGAAAACUGAAGCCAGUCAUCAAAUCCCAGCCAGUGCCCAAGAACAACAAGGGGCCGGUCAAGGUCGUGGUGGGGAAGACCUUCGACUCCAUCGUGAUGGACCCCAUGAAGGACGUCCUCAUCGAGUUCUACGCACCAUGGUGUGGACACUGCAAGCAGCUGGAGCCCGUGUACACCAGCCUGGCCAAGAAGUACAAGGGCCAGAAGAGCCUGGUUAUCGCCAAGAUGGAUGCCACUGCCAACGACAUCACCAGUGACCGCUACAAGGUGGAGGGCUUCCCCACCAUCUACUUUGCCCCCAGUGGGGACAAAAAGAACCCAAUUAAAUUUGAGGGUGGAGACAGAGAUCUGGAGCACUUGAGCAAGUUUGUAGAAGAACAUGCCACAAAACUGAGCAGGACCAAGGAAGAGCUUUGAAACCCUUGAGGUCUGCAGAGGGUCAAGGGACCAGACACACUGUGGCUUCUGAUGGCUGCAGCCAGGGGUGCCAGCCCGUGGUGCUGCCGGGCCACAUGCACAGUGGCAGUACCUUGAUUCUUAUUUUUUUCCCCCCAAUUUUUUAUACUUUGGUAUUUCACCUCAUGCUCUGAAUAUGGAAUAGUCAUGAAUGACUCAGUAGUUUGGUCCAGAUUUUUAUGGAGGAUACAUCUAUUUUUACCAUUUUUUGGGGUUUGAUUUUUUUUUUUUUUACCUUCUACUUUCUUUCACACUUCCUCAGAGCAGAUAAGUUGAGACUCUUCUGUGCAAGAAUAUUUUCUUUUUUAAUUUAAAGUUUAAGAAAUCCUUUGCCAGAUCACAUUGAUUUUGUCUUUUAUUUUAUCAUUGAGGAAUUGUUAAAGAUUUGACUGUUUUAGUUUUUGGCUUCUUACUGUUAUGGCACAAAGUGAAAACUGUUGCCAGCUCCCUGCCGAGGAGGACACCCGCCCAGGUCCCCCAAGCCAGGCUCAGCUCCAGAGAGAGGCCACCCACCCAUGGCAGCCCCGCCUCUUCAGAGUCCCCACUGCUCAACUAGAAAUGACCUCGGACAGAGCAUGGGUACUUUGGGGUGGUAGAAAAGAUAGGCUAGGCUGUCAUAAUGGAAUAAAAAUUAUUAAAAAUUAGCCUCCAUAAA